AUGAAAUUUGUUUCAUCUACACAUGAAGAGCAAAUUAAAACAGAAAAUUCAAAUACUACAAGCACAGAAUUUCUUCUCUUAGGAUUUUCUGAUGUCCCCCAUCUCCAGUGGAUGCUGUUUGGGAUAUUUUUGUUCAUAUAUUUGUCUAUUCUGAUCUGCAACAGCAUUAUAAUACUAAUAACAAGAAUUGACCCUGCUCUGCAGACCCCUAUGUACUUCUUCCUCAACUUCUCUUUUGUGGAAAUCUGCUAUGUAGCAGUCACCAUCCCAAGGAUGCUUAUGGACCUAUGUACCAAAAAAGGGACUAUUUCCUUGUUGUCCUCUGCUGUACAACUCUGUUUUGUCAUCAUGCUUGGAGGCAUGGAGUUCCUCCUCCUGACAGUCAUGGCCUAUGACCGUUAUGUGGCGAUCUUCAAUCCUCUGCACUAUCCCUUGGUCAUGAGCAAGAAGCUCUGUGUGCAGCUAGUGGCUGCUUGCUGGAUUUGUAUCAUUCCAGUUGUGACUGGACAAACUUAAAUUUUCUCUUUGUGUUAUUGUGGAUCUAAUGAAAUUAAUCACUUUUUCUGUGAUAUUCUCCCUCUACUGAAACUUGCUUGUGGAGACACAUUUGUGAAUGAUUUAGCAAUCUAUAUUGCUUCAGUGGUGUUUAUCAUGGUUCCAUUUCUGCUGAUCAUUGUCUCCUAUGGCAAGAUUAUCUGGAACAUUCUGAAAUUGUCAUCAGCUGGAGGAAGAUCUAAAGCCUUCUCCACCUACUCAUCUCAUCUGAUAGUUGUGGUUUUAUUCUAUGGAACAGCUACUAUCACAUAUGUGCAACCAAAAGCAUAUCAAUCAGAAAGCUUGGGAAAGUUGCUGUCUCUUUUCUACACUAUUUUGAUCCCACUGUUGAAUCCUAUUAUAUAUACACUGAGGAAUAAGGACAUCAUGGUAGCACUGAGAAAAUUACAAACUAAGUUAUCAACAUAGGGGAACACUUAA